UUCAGACACAUGGCCUCUGGCUUUGCUCGACAUUCCUAUUUUGGGCUUUGGAGUUUGCAUAUAAGCCUUUGGCUUUGCACCCAAAUUAGACAGGCGAACUGAUCUUCAGUGGGCAAGGAGCACCGCACGCUUGUGAGGAUGGGCAUCUAUGAAGAAAGAGGGGAGCAGAUUGAACCAAAGAGGAAACCUUAUAGCCAGAGAACCAAAUAUGCAGCUUUCAAACGGAGACGUCCAAUAGAACUGCUUUACGCCAUCGGAGGACUCAGUCCCAAGGGCAAUGUGAGUGGCGUGGAGUAUUACAAUCCCCUGGACCACGAAUGGAGAGUUCUGGGACCCGUCUCCAAGCAUCGGAGCGGCGUUGGGGUGGCUUCCUUGCAUGGCUCCAUCUAUGCAGUUGGCGGCCACGAUGGAGUGGUGUGUCUCAGCACUGUUGAAAGAUAUGAGCCCGAAAACAAUGAAUGGAAGAAGGACGUGGCCCCAUUGAGUGAACCCAAGCAAGAUGUAGCCGUGGCAGAGUUGGGGGGCUACCUGUACUGCGUUGGGGGCUAUGAUGGCCUGCUUUGUGUAGACACUGUGGAAAGAUAUGACCCGCUGCUCAAUCAAUGGCGCAAAGUGGCACCCAUGAACCGCCGCCGGAGGGGUCUGGGCUUGGCAGUGUUGGAUGGGUACCUCUAUGCUGUCGGUGGGUCUGAUGGCCAGGCACCUUUGUAUUCAGUGGAGCGUUACAACCCCAUGGAAGACAGAUGGACCCCAUGUCCUCCGCUGCGAACUUGCCGGGAGAACCUGGGAUGUGUAGCAUUCCAAGGACAGAUCUAUGCUGUGGGUGGGCGAGAUGACCUCACGGAACUAUGCAGCGCCGAACGAUAUGAUCCUCUGGCCAACGAAUGGUCUCCUGCGCCAGCCAUGAGGUCGAAAAGGAGCAAGGUUGGCCUGGCUGUUGCAAACGGCUACCUCCUAGCCAUCGGGGGCUAUGAUGGCAUUGUCCAUGUGACCACCGUGGAAGCCUUUGACUGGGAAAUGAAUAAAUGGAGGCGUUUUGGCAACAUGCAAACUUGUCAUCCUGGUGGAGGCGUCACUGCGGUCAAAAUGUCCCCUUCCGAUCUGGAUUUUUACGAUUCUCCUUGGAGCAGAUAGAAAAAAAUCCAUUGUCUCCAAUUUGUUUGAGUUGAUUUAUGCAGUUAGGAUUUCUCCAGUUGCAGGAAGAAAAGGGGAAAGUUGAAGAUGUUCGGAAGUGUGGGAGCUGAAGUCCAAAACACCUGGUGGGCCCAAGUUUGCCCAUGCCUGAUCUACACUAUCGAAUUAAUGCAGUUCAAUACAACUUUAAGUGUCAUGGAUUUGUGGGAGUAGGAUAAAAGGAUAUAUUUGAUAGAUGUUGUUAUUA